GCGGGCGGCCGGGUGGCGGCGGCGGCAUGGCGGAGCCGAGUGGGGCCGAGGCGAGGCCCCCCAUUCGGGUCACCGUCAAGACCCCCAAGGACAAGGAAGAGAUUGUGAUCUGCGACCGAGCCUCGGUCAAGGAGUUCAAAGAGGAAAUCUCCAGGAGGUUUAAGGCUCAGCAGGAUCAGCUGGUCCUGAUCUUCGCAGGCAAGAUCCUCAAGGACGGGGACACGCUGAGCCAGCACGGGAUCAAGGAUGGACUCACUGUCCACCUGGUCAUCAAGACCCCUCAGAAGGCUCAAGAUCCAGCUGCGGUCACUGCUUCUUCCCCCUCCACCCUGGACCCCACCUCCGCACCCUCCACCACUCCCACUUCACCUGCCACCCCCACCCAGACCUCCGCUCCCGGCGGUGCCACCUCGGAUGCAGGCAGUGGAAGCCGCCGAAGCAGUGGGGGGGGCCCGUCCCCUGGGGCUGGGGAGGGCCCCCCCAGUGUUACUGCGUCCAUUCUCUCUGGCUUCGGGGGUAUCCUGGGCCUGGGCAGCCUGGGCCUGGGCUCGGCCAACUUCAUGGAGCUGCAGCAGCAGAUGCAGAGGCAGCUGAUGUCCAACCCCGAGAUGCUCUCGCAGAUCAUGGAGAACCCCCUGGUUCAGGACAUGAUGUCCAACCCCGACUUGAUGCGCCACAUGAUCAUGGCCAACCCCCAGAUGCAGCAGCUGAUGGAGCGGAACCCCGAGAUCAGCCACAUGCUCAACAACCCUGAGCUCAUGAGGCAGACGAUGGAGCUCGCCCGGAACCCAGCCAUGAUGCAGGAGAUGAUGCGAAACCAGGACCGGGCCCUGAGCAACCUGGAGAGCAUCCCUGGGGGGUAUAACGCCCUGCGCCGCAUGUAUACAGACAUCCAGGAGCCCAUGUUCAGCGCUGCCCGGGAACAGUUCGGCAACAACCCCUUCUCCUCCCUGGCCGGGAACUCGGACACCUCCUCAUCCCAGCCUCUGCGGACUGAGAACCGAGAGCCCCUCCCGAACCCCUGGAGCCCCUCGCCCCCCAGCUCGCAGGCCCCCGGGGCAGGCGGGGAGGGCAGCGGAGGAUCAGGCACCAGCCAGGUGCAUCCAACUGUCUCAAACCCCUUUGGGAUCAAUGCUGCUAGCCUGGGGUCAGGGGUGUUCAACAGCCCUGAGAUGCAGGCCCUGCUCCAGCAGAUCUCGGAGAACCCCCAGCUGAUGCAGAAUGUCAUCUCCGCACCCUACAUGCGCAGCAUGAUGCAGGCGCUCGCCCAGAACCCCGACUUUGCUACUCAGAUGAUGGUCAAUGUGCCGCUGUUCGCCGGGAACCCCCAACUGCAAGAGCAGCUCCGCCUGCAGCUGCCAGUCUUCUUGCAGCAGAUGCAGAAUCCAGAGUCGCUCGCCAUCCUCACCAACCCGCGUGCUAUGCAGGCGCUACUGCAGAUCCAGCAGGGGCUGCAGACCCUGCAGACCGAGGCCCCGGGGCUGGUGCCCAGCCUUGGCUCCUUUGGAAUGUCCCGCACCCCAGCACCCUCUGCAGGCAGCAACCCCGGAGCCCAGUCCGAGGGCCCCACCUCCUCACCAGCCCCGUCAACCACGCCCUCCCAGCCCGGGGCCCAGCGGCAGCUCAUGCAGCAGAUGUUCCAGCUGCUGGCCGGAAGUGGAAGCAACCAGGUGCAGACGCCAGAGGUCAGGUUCCAACAGCAGCUGGAGCAGCUCAACUCCAUGGGCUUCAUCAACCGGGAGGCCAACCUGCAGGCCCUGAUCGCCACGGGAGGGGACAUCAACGCGGCCAUCGAGAGACUCCUGGGCUCACAGCUCUCCUAAGCCUGGGCCCGCCCCUGCACUUCCCCGCCCCAGGCACCCGUGUUGGGCUCCUCGGCCAGUUCCCACCCGCUGCUUGUCACCCCCUGUCUCCUCCCUUGUCAUGUCCAGCAAGAC